UUUUUUGAGAAGUAGUAGAAAGAAGAUCUUGUUGUUCACCAACAGACUCAGAGUUAAUAUUUACUUCAAACUCAAUCUUCUAGUCGUACUAUUUGGAAUAAACACUGAAGACGAGGACUAGACACAAUCUUCACGAAAAGAGAUGUCGCCCCAAGCGGAACGUGUUCGUUCUUCUCGUACAAAGGGCACUUCAUCUCUGACUUCCACCAAGAUGAGUCGCCAAGGGUUGGCUGCUUUGGCCUUGGCAGCCAGCGCAACAGGGCUGAAAAUGCACCUCAACCCUGUUCCGGCGAAGGGGAAGGCGAAAGCUGGUGGCGCUCCCCCUGCAGUGUCUGAUAAGGCGUCUCCAACUCCUGCGCCAGGACCUGCUGCAGGACCUCCCGCUGCUCAAAUUACGGCUACUACGAGAUAAAAUCCAUCUUCCUCCCCGCCUCCAUGGUGGGUCAUCUUCUUGGUCCCGUUUUUCAACAGGAGAAAGAGGAAGAUGAAGAACAUGUUGAAUUCGUGCUGAAUUCGUGGAUACAACUACUUCACACCUUCUUCUUUUUCUAAUUCUCUACAACUAGAUCUCAUCAUCAUCUUUUUCUAAUGAACGGACGAUCACUUUUACCCACGGACCUGAUGGCAAAGGCCCGCCGGCUAAUGCGAAGGAACUGGCCCGUGUUAUGAAUGAGAUGUGCGAUCCUGAGUCCGUGUUUGAUCCGAUGCUCGCUGGCCUCUUCCCGAUCGACGAACCCAGCAAGAAAGCCUUGAGAACGCCAGCACAGAUGGAUCAAGUGUUGGGCAAAGCGGCUGAUGAUUUCCCCUCCUGGGAUGAGGUGAUGUACAUGCUCGAGGACACGAAACUUAAGGCUCAACAUCAAAUAUAUGGAGAGAGAGUUGUCCAGUCGUAGAUCAAGAAGAGAAGAUCCUUCACAACAUCAAGGGAUCAAGAAAAUUGAUGUACUAGACCUGACUUGCUUCAUCUAUCUCCACGUGAGAAACGGGUGUUGAAACAUAUUUUUGAAUCCCGUUAUAAACGAAAGUACAUCAACUACUUCUGUGCUGCUGGAUCUUGUACAACUGGAGGUAGCUAUUAUUCGUCUACGGCCUCCACCCGUACUGGAUCUUGUACAACUGGAGGUAGCUCAUCAUGUUCGUCUUCCAGGAUCAUGAAUAGGAAGUAGCUUGGGUUCUUGAGCUAUUGAGGAUACUGAAGGUACAGAGCCCGCUCGUAUUCGUCUACGGCCUCCACCCGUACUGGCUCUACCCGUACUGGCUCCGCCACCCGUACUGGCUCCACCACCCGCACUCCACCCGGAUUCUAGUGUUCGUCCUCCACCCGUAUUCUACGUAUUCUAGUAUUCGUCUACGUCGUAGGUGCUUGGGGUUCGUCUACGUGGGGUCUUGAGGGUAAGUAGCUCUAAGACGCGUUCUGGCGAAGACAACCGCGAUGAGUCCGCUUUCACGCACAAGGGAGCGGACAUGUACAAGAACUUUGAGAAUGCGAUGAGCCCUCGAGAGGCUUUGGAAGCAGAUGAUACUGCGCCGAAAGCGUACCGACCCGAGCGUCCGAGUGAUCCAGACUUCAGUGUCUCCAGUUUUCCGGUGAUCUACUACCCUUUUGUUUCGCCCACGUUGAAGUUGGGCGUCAACAGCGUCUACGAUUUCGACGAAAAAGAAUGGAUAAGUUACGAACAAUUUCUUGUGGAUUUAUUUCAACAUUUCUUCUACACGACCUACCUUGCUACAUAAGAUCCUCGACCUUAUGAUUUCUCUAAGUACUAGUUGUACUUCUAAGGAGUUUAUUUUGUUCGGAACAAAAACAAAUCGAAAUUUAUUAUUCAUGAUAGGUCAACGUCGUCAAGGAUCUUCUUCUUGUAUGGUUCUAGUAUUUGGUAACCUGAAUUCGAUCACAAGGGUUCCCUUCUUGUUUUCCUCAUGAUCAAAAUCAGGUUACCAAAUACCAACACCAUUCACUUCUAUCUUCUUCUAAUAGAACAAGCAAAAACUCCCCGAAAAGUAUGGAGGUGGACACGAUGGCCCGAUCGUGUUCAAGGAGAAGGCGACGGGUGUGGACAUGCGAGAGAUGUGCACCCAGACGAACUUGAACCAAAUGAACACGUACGUUCUCGACACGCGAGCGGCGGAAAGAGAGAAAUGGGAAAAACUUUCCUUGGAACCUCGCUUCUUGAAUGACCCUGCAAUUGGCGGGAGCAAGGCGAAAGCAAAGGCAUUUUUAAAACAGAAGUUCCUGGAGAUCGACCACACAUAUGUCUUCAAGUGGACCAACGGUGUCCCGCUUACAAAGUACAACAUUCUCCCGGCACCUCCAGAGGUUGAAAAGGAGGCUGAGGAAAUUUUGACGGGAAAGCUCGUGUUAAGAAUUUUGGGAAAAUUACAUCCAGCAUUGCCAUCCUUAGCUUUUUGUUUCUAGAAAACUAGAAGAAGGAGAAGCCAAGGAAGACGUUUAGAGGAAUGUAAUUCCGUACUAGCAUCUAAUCAUGUACGCGAAAAAUGGUCAGAUUCUUCGCGACGUUGGCCAAAGUCGCGCUAUGCGACUUGAGCGGAUCAACAAGGAGAUAGUUGAACUGCGUGAAAAGAACCCCAGCAAAGUGCCGAAGAAAAACAAAAAGGCCAAGACUGCUCCUACCCAUGACACUAUGGUGAAGGAACUGCGGAAGAUGCUGAUACGUAAGCAACGACGUGCUCAGGAGCUGGAGGGGCAUAUGAAAACGGUCACGCUUGUCGCUGUCAUUCUAUCCUUAAGGCUCGUCUACUUUCUCUUGAGAAUGAAAUCUCUUUCCAGUCGUGGUUCUAUUUAGAAGAUCAUGUCCGUAGAUCAUGUAGAAGUGCUGUAGACGUGCUGUAGAAGAUCCUUUCUCGUGGAGGGGAUCACGUAGAGGAUCACCACCAGGUCUAAUAUUGGUCGUGUUUGGACUUGUCGCCGCUGGCUUCGGAUUCCUUUUGUUCCGUCUCUUGCGCAGUGAGAAAACGGCGUCGCGUUGCAUUUUCAUGUCUGUUAAGAAGGGUUUCCGCAUUACAUCCUCUUCCUUCACCAAGGUCGUUGAUGUCCUUGGCCUUUAUUUGGUACUUCGAGAACUUCUUGUAUAGGGUCGUUAGCAGAAGUAACUUCUAUAUGGUUACUAGUAGAAGAAGAAGUACUUAGAGCUUCGAUAAUCGAUAGCAGGGUUGGUAGAAGUUGUUCUCGACGUCUCAUCAUCUACCCACGUUACUUGUUCUCAUCUACUCACUUGAAGUAGAAAUACAUUUAGGUCAAAUAGUACAAGACAAACGACAUCAUGAGCAUGAACAUGAUGUUCGGGGGACCAGGAAAAAUGUAAUGCUGUAGCACCCUUUCUAAGAAAGUGUACAUUCUGGGAUUGGCUGCGUCUGUGGGAUUGCUGAUUCUUGACGUCGUCGUCCUUGUCAAUGCAAGCAAGAAUAAGAACCUUUUGGGUACUAUUUCUAAACAAGUCUUUUCAGGCGUCAAAAGAUACCUCCAGAACAGGUAAAGGAAUGAAUGAAUCAUGAGACCGCAACUUCUCCAAAAGUCUUCUGCUCAUGAGACAACUUUUCCAGCUAGUACAACAACCUUUUUAACUAAGUACACAUCAGAGUCAUUUUUUUACCUCAAAUAGCUCCUCCACAAGACGCAACUCAACCUGUGCAUCCUCUUCAAGCGCAGGGCUAACAAUGAAGCUUACGCUUGUUAUUUUUACGUAGUUUUGAUGAAUUCCUAACAACAAGUGUGAUAGUACGUUUUGAAUUGGUAAUUACAUCGCAGUAACUAGGCGUAGUAUAACUCUGAUAUUCCUCCACUGAGCACGUUUUUUGUACGAAAAUCAUCACUCAGGCACCGAGCAAGGCAUUUUAAACCACGUGAAUGGACGCGAAGCCUCUGAAUUCGCUUACGGGAUGGGCACGCUCUCCGCUGACGGUAGUUGGUGA